GUAGUUUUUCGCGUGUGAGAAGUCUCUGACGGAGCAAUGUCUCCUCCUUCACACUUUUCAAUCUCACACCCCACGGAGAUUGAAGAAUCUAGGGUUUUAAAGCACUCAAAGUCCAUCUAAAGGUCCGUUUUUUGCUAGUUUCGUUACUUUGUACCCUUAAUUUCUCUUGUUUUCUUUCAUGGAUUUGUAUGUACAUGUUAAUUGCCUUCUGGGUUUGUCUUUUUGGAUUGAUUUUCAUACACCCAAUCGAACCUGAUCUCCUGGGUAGUGAUUUAUUUUGAAGAUGAACCUUUGAUGAGUUGAAUUUUUUGGGUCUUUUCUUUUAUCAUAAAUCAUAAUGGGUUCCUUACUAUUUGGGUCUCUGUUUGGUAUGUUUAUGAACGGUUGAAGAUCUGUGUAGUAAAUCAGUAGAUUUACGGAGGCUCAUUUGGGUACUUAUGACUUACUUAGCCUAAGUCUAUUGGGUUGUAGGAUUUAGGGUUUUUAUAGAUUUGAAUUGAGAGUGUGACAAGAUGGAGGAGGUUGAAGAAGUUAACAGAGCAGCUGUAGAGAGUUGCCAUAGAGUUCUUAGCCUGUUAUCUCAGCAACAAGAUCAGAAUAGGUAUAGGAAUUUAACGGUAGAAACUGGAGAGGCUGUGUUUAGGUUCAAGAAAGUUGUUGGUCUUCUUAAUACGGGUCUGGGCCAUGCAAGAGUUAGAAAGGUCAAGAGAGUUCAAAUCCCUUUUCCUCAAAACAUCCUUUUAGAAAACCCAAUGUGUAAAACAGAACGUCAACCCAAGCCCCUUCAGCUUCUUCAAAAUAAUGCUUUUGAAAAUUCCAUGCAAGAAAUUGGUUCAAAUGCUAAAGGUACUCUUAGUUUGGGAAACCCAUCAUUGGAAUUGGGUUCAAAUGGACAAAACCUUCUUCUGCAUGGCAAACAAAUUCUACCACCAAACUUUCACUUCCUUCAACAGCAGCAACAAAGAUAUCAGCUUCAGCAGCAACAAUUGAAACAGAAAGCAGAGAUGAUGUACCACCGGAGCAAUAGUGGCAUUAAUCUGAAUUUUGAUAGCUCUACUUGCACACCCACCAUGUCAUCCAAUAGGUCUUUUAUUUCUUCAUUAAGUAUUGAUGGUAGUGUGGCUAAUUUGGAUGGAAACGCCUUCAACUUAAUUGGGGCAUCUCGUUCUGCGGAUCAGAGCUCAUACCAGUACAAGCGGAGGUGCUCUGGAAGGGGAGAUGACGGGAGUGUGAAAUGUGCAAGCAGUGGUAGAUGCCACUGCUCAAAGAAGAGGAAGUAUAGGAUUAAGAGAUUAAUCAAAAUACCUGCCAUCAGUAGCAAGCUCGCAGAUAUUCCCCCUGAUGAGUAUUCGUGGAGGAAGUAUGGCCAGAAGCCAAUUAAAGGUUCUCCUCAUCCCAGGGGUUACUACAAAUGUAGCAGCAUGAGAGGCUGCCCUGCAAGGAAACAUGUGGAGAGGUGCUUGGAAGACCCUUCGAUGCUUGAUGUAACUUAUGAAGGUGAGCACAGUCACCUCCGGUUACCAUCACAAUCAGCGAACACAUGAGCUUCCAAUCGAAGUUUGGCAAGAACAGUCCAAGCCCUUGAUGCUCAGUCCUUCAAGCUCUAUCUUGUGAUUGGCUUGAAUUGCUCCUGUACAUAGUUUGUGUGACUCAAACUUGAAGAGCCAUUGAAGCAAAAUUCUUGGGAGAAUCAGCUUUUGAAGCCUUGUAGAUGUUUGGAAGUAGACAUAAGGCCCAUCCCCAGAUUGAAGAAUCCUGUGGAAUUGAGGGGUUCUGAUUGUAAGAACUAAAAAAAAUCCCUCAUCUUGUAAGAGAAUCUUUUCUUCAACUGUUUAGGGCAUUUUGCUCAAAUGGAUUACCUUAUGGUGGCAAAUUUUUGGUUUUUAGAAGAAUCUUGACUAGCAUUGUAACAAUAGCUUUUUACUUUGAAGUAGUGCCCGAUAUCCUAG